AUGUAUUCACCAUGUAUGCGUGAAGAUCAUGUGCUUCGAAUUGAAUUUGCUAAACAAGAAUAUGAUCCACAAGGACCACUUGGAUGUUGUGAGGUAGCAGUGAGAAAUACUGCUGGUACUACUACAGAGGCAGAAUGCAGGCAGUUUACAUAUGGUGUCGGGGUGUGGAGCUUACCAGCGUGUGGUGCAAGGUCAUCUGGCCUCAACUCUGUGGCACAAAAUAUUAGGCCUUGCUGUGUGGGACUAGCUGGAAGAUGUGAAAUGCUCAGUCAUGAACACUGCACUAUUAUUCAUGGAACUUUCCAUCAGCAUGACUAUGAACACUGUAGACAGAUUAAUUGCUUGGAAGAUGUGUGUAAAAUGGAAAUUGGAGUAAAAGCAAACUCAGAAGCUCCAUUUUAUUCAUGGCAUCCAAAUCAGUGGUGGAGAUUUUUCCUGCCAGUCUUCUAUCAUAAUGGAAUAAUCCACCUGCUGCUAGUUGAGAUUGCACAGUGGAUUGUCCUGCGUCCAAUCGAGGGCAUCGCUGGAAGUGUUAGAGUUGCUAUCAUUUACUUCACCUGUGUUUUUGCAGGAAAUUUG